AAGUUUCAACCUCAAAUUCUAUUCUACAAAGUACAAAAGAAGCUGCAAAGUCAAAAGACCAUUUUAAUAGCUCGUCUAAUUGAAAUCGACAAUUUUAUUGUCGCCAGUUGGAAUGGUUCUGUCGAUUCGUUAAUCGCCUGACACUUUAAUUAAUCGUCAGCAAAUAUGAAUGUGCAAAGAAUUGCCUAUUUUGUGUUAGAGGCCUCAGCGCUGAUAGUCAUUUUUGUGUUUUGGCGAAUGAAAGAUUGGAUAAUACCGCACACGAAAAUUGGCUUCUUCUGUGGAGAUCCUUCAUUGUCGUAUCCCUAUAAAACGGCGUCUAUUCCACAAGAAUGGUUGAAUAUAAGUGUAUACGUUUGUCCUGCGUUGAUUUGGAUCAUUGAAUUGGGACUUGAGUCUUUAAACGGACGAACCGAUAUAAAAAAGAGAUUUUUGAGCACUACCCUCAGAUGUCUACAAUGGUUCAUAUAUUACUACACCACGUUAAUGAUUCUAACAAUCUUCAUGACCUUGAUAAAGAACUUAGUUGGAGGACUGCGACCCAUGUUCCUGCAACUUUGUCAACCGGAUUUGGCAGUCAACUGUACGGUGGGCCAAUUUAUAGACUCUGACUACGAAUGUACGAAUCCUGUUGCAACUGAAUUUCUUCUAUUCGAAAUUAGACGAAGCUUUCCCAGUGGUCACGCAAUGGCCUCUGUAUACAUUACCGUUUUCUUUAUGCGCUAUUUAGAAGCAAAAUUUGCAAAAUUUCGUGUUACUCUGACUGCUGUUCAUUUUACAUGUAGCAUUUGGAUUGUAGUAUCUUGCGUUUCUAGGAUUACCGAGCACUAUCAUCAUGUCGGGGAUGUUAUAGCUGGAAUCAUCUUAGCCCUGCCGUUUGUCUUUUAUUCUAGUCAGAUACAAUGCAAGGGAUUUCGCUCAACAAAGUAUAAAAUAGAGGAGCCGCUGAGUCUACAAUAAGGUAACGAGAGGGCAUUAUACCGAACGAAAUACACUUACCAGCAGUGGAGACAAAAGUGGUGCACUGAUAGAGUCAAUUGAAAUGUAAAACUAUUUGUAGAUCACAAAUAAAACGUACGAUUCAU